AUGAAUCAUAGUGCAUUUUUACUGAGCUAUGAACAAAGACAGUUUAUGGUAAAACAGGAUGACCGAAUAAACCAGUUUGUGGCUAAAGCUCUGCGUUUCUUAAUUCAAAAUGUCUUUGAAACAUUGACCUCUACCUAUGCCGUGUUUAUAUCCUCCCGAGAUUUGCCAUCUUUACAUUGGUUAAACUACAUUAUGAUGGAAUUAUUUAGUUUAACAACUGCAAUGACCGUUCAGAUAGUCCUGAUAAAUGUAAAGCAAAAAGCUACGUUUGAAAUGCGAGGAAGAAAAUAUUGCAACAUUAUUUUGGUGGAUUCGUAUCAAUCUUUGCUGGACAUUGGUUUGGCAACGAACAAUGCCAAUUUUGAUGGUCUUGAAUACUAUCUAAUAUUUCUGCAAGCUCGCGACAAUGUAAUACCCAGAGAGAUGGAGCUCAUUUUUCAAUACUGUUUAGAUAAUUAUUGGCUACACUGCAAUGUCAUGAUACAAACGGCCAAGGGUGAAGUAUUGAUGUAUACCUAUUUUCCCUAUACCGCUGAAGAGUGUUAUAAAGCCAAACCCUUGCUCAUUGAUUACUUUGAUGGUGUACAAUUUCAAAACUCUCCUUUAUUCCCCCAUAAGUUGUACAAUUUGCACAAAUGUCCAUUGGUUAUCAAUACAUGGCCCCAGCCACCAUAUGUCGGAAUGCAGUAUUUUGAGAAUGGUACUCUACAUUAUUUCGGCAUGGAUAUAAAUCUACUGAAUGCCUUAAGUGAAGAAAUGAAUUUUACAUUAAAAUUUGAAAUGCGAGAUGUGGAACGAAUACUAUAUGCGAUAGACGAGCGGAAAGUAAAUAUGAGCACAUCGUAUACUAGACGAUCUGUGAUACUUGAUCGCUCUGGGUCAAGCACGGUAACAACCUAUCAUACCACCCUCGUAGCUGUAAUCAUUAGAAGUCCCUAUCCGCUGACAUCGAUAAGAACUCUUGUGUUUCCUUUCGAUACUGACGCAUGGAUUUGCCUGCUAUGUACGUUACUAGCAAUGAUAACCAUUAAUCAAAUGAGACGUCAUUCGAAUUCUAUGACAAAUCUACAAUUUAUUGAAAUAUUUUUGGGCCUAAGUACUCUUUACCGACCGCGUCUCAAAUGGCAUUCUUUGUCCUUUCUUAUUUGGUUAUGGUGUUCAUUUUUACUGCGUAGCAUCUACCAAUCAAUGAUUUUCUAUUUGUAUAAUUUCGAUAUAUUUCAAAAUCCGCCGAAAUCACUGGACGCCUUGGUAGAGCAUGGCUUUACCUUAAUCUGUACACGCAAAACACUACAGUUUGUGGAGAAUAUCCCUCAAGUUGCGAAUAAUAUGUUACGGAAAAUUAUCUUUGAUUCUUCGGAUGAAAUGCAACAACUUGUCCAUUUGGAUAGAUUGUCCGAAAGAAAUUAUGCUGCAAUCGUAGACAAAGAAAUAGCCAAGUUUUAUAUUAACAAUAUGAAACCUAAAAAUAUUCUGCAAAUUUUACCUUUCACCGUCAACAAUAUUCCGACAACAAUUUAUUUGCCCAAACAUUCUUUUCUCAUCGAAACCAUAAAUGAUAAUAUUUUGCGUAUAUUUGGCGCCGGCUUGCAUGAGACAUGGACACUAUACAACGGCGCCGAAGAUUAUCCCAAAAACGAUGAGCCUCAACGAACCAUGUUCGACAUGUCAUUUAUUCAUGUUUUCAGUGUAUUGGAGUUGAGCCUUAUUCUGUAUUUUGUAUCAUUUGUAAUAUUUCUAUUGGAAUUAUGUUCAAGAAAAUUGAAAUGUUUGCAAAAACUUUUCGAAAAAGUUCAUUAG